AUGAGCCCCCUUGUCUACCCUACUAGCCCUCCACCCGUCAUCUUAUUGGCUGCGGCCAAGCCCUUUGCAAAGGAGGCGGUGACUGCAGUAAGUCAGGCCUGCGAUGAGUUGGGCUUCAAACUGAAGCAAUUACAAGGAUACAAAUCAACUGAUGAACUUUACGCAGCCUUGCCCGGCUGCAUUGGAUGUAUUGUUCGAUCGGAUAAGGUGAAUACUGACUUCUUUGACCAUGCAUCGGACCUACAAGUGGUCGUCAGAGCGGGCGCUGGCUACGAUAAUAUUGACUUGAAUGAAGCUACCAAGAGAGGUAUCUGUGUUAUGAACACCCCGGGCCAGAAUGCUCACGCUGUCGCCGAGCUUGUCUUUGGCCUUCUACUCUAUCACGCGAGGCGACGCUUCAGUGGAUCCUCCGGGUUCGAGCUGAAAGGAAGAACCAUUGGUUUGUAUGGGUGUGGACGUAUCGCGGUGAAUGUUGCAGAGAUUGCUCGGGGAUUCCACAUGAC